UAACAACAAAGAUUUCCACCUUUGCAUAUUUCCAUAAUUUAUUCUACUUCUCCUUUCUCUCUCUAGACUCAUUGUUGAAUUGAGUUGAAGCGUUCCUAGUCCGCGCUCUAGCGUUCAAUCAAAGCCAAAACAAAAUCAUCUGCGACUGAAGAAUCGAAUCAAUUGAAUUCAGUUCAUUUUCUGUGAAGAACUUCGAGAUGAUCGGAUGGCUACACAUAGCUCUCAUAGCAGUCUCUACAGCAUUCGUAGCGCUCCUGUUAUUCUUAAUAAUUCAACGAUGGAGUCGAUUCAGAAAGCGUCGUAACGAUCAAGCUGAGAGAGGUCAAAAUCUGCAAAACGGCAUAGCCAGGCUUCACCAAGUCAGCCCUCACCACCACCACCUCGACGCGGCGGGGAAGGCCAACAAUUACCUCUUCCGGCGCGGCGGCGCGUUCAGCUGGUCGGAGCACCCCUCUCUCGUCACCGACGCCGUCGAGAACGGCUGGUCGCGAUUCGCCUUCGCCGCGGUGGUGAAAUCGUCUCCGUCGGUGAAGUCGCUGCUCGGCGCGUGCGGCAACGGCGGCGUCGAGGUCGGGUGGGAGGUCUGCGAGGGAUCGGCUGAUUUUGUGCAGAAAAUUCGGCUGAAUCCGGCGGGAUCGUCGAUUGCGGUGGUGAGGGCGGCGCUGCCGCUGCCGGGGCCGAAUUUGGGGAAUUCGUCGUUCCCGCAGGAGGCGUAUUUCGAGGUGACGGUGGUGGCGUGCGGCGCGCGGGAACAGCAGGCUGGGAGGGAGAGGAGAGGGGGAUCGGAAGGGGAUGAUAAGGUUAAGCUGAUCGACGAGGAUUUCAAUGCGAAAAACAGUCCGGGCUCGUUGAAUGGUGGCGCGAGCAGCCAUAGCCAGAGGAGGAGGAAGGGCGAGGAGGGUAUAAUUGGAAAAAACGACGCCAAAACUGAAGGUGUUUUGCUGUGUGUGGGGCUCACAGGGGUCAAUCCUCUUCCGUUUAGAUUUCCCGGCACUUUUCCGACUUCCAUUGCCUUCAAUUCCACCGGCUCUCUCUCUCUAGAUGGAACGAAACUCGUGGCAGAGUCUGAGGCCGGCAACUGGGGGAGGAAGGACAAGGUGGUCGGAUGUGGCUACAAUCCGGGGCAGAGGAAGGUUUUCUUCACGGUCGACUCAAAAGUAGUCCACGAAGUCCACUGCAAGACCGAGGACUACUGCACCCCCCUCUACCCAACCAUGGCAGCCAAUGGGGACACCGUGGUUCUGGUGAACCUAGGGCAGAGCCCUUUUAGUUUCGGGCCCGCGAAUCUGCAACGGAGUCCCAACCCCUGCUUCAUGGGGGCAUCCCCUGCACUAGGGUAUGAAGAUAGCAAGGAGCUUUUCUCAAUGGGGAGGAUUGAUUCACUGUGGAUGCAGAGGAGUGCAGCCAGGAGCAACAACAACACAGUCAGUAGCAUCAAAUCUUUGCAAGAAUAUGAUCAAGAAUCUGAGGGUGAUCUGUUUGAGAUUGUCUUGGAAAGUUCUGGAAGAUCUCCCUACAGUUCUUCAAAUAUUCACUAGCCCAUUUUUCAGUGUCACAAACUUCACCUCAUCAAGAAAAUGUUAGCCAUUAGUUUGGUGAGGUGCGGAGAAAUUUUUUGACAUAUUUUAAAAUUUUAAAAAAUAAAGAGAGAAAAUUUGAUGGGGUGCUUAACCCUCCCCCCUUUUUUUUUUAUAGGUUCUAUAAAUAGCUAAGGUUAGAUUGAUAUUUUUGAGGAUUUAUUAGUCACUGUAAAUCUUGUUUUGAUCUUGUAAAUGACAGACACCUGACAAUUAUUUGUUGAAUACUUGAAUUCCAUAUA